AUGCUUCGCCCUCUCUCAAUAUGCCAGCGAUGCGUAAGCAAAACGCUGUCAGCUUCAUCUGCAGCAGCUCUAGCUUCCCAGGUCGCGCGAGGUAGCACACGAGCAUAUUCUCGCCCGCAUUUCUCCCCUCGAAGAAUCUCCCAAAUCACCACUCGAAGACAAGCCGGUCAAUUCCAACUCCUCGCACCGCCAUCACCUGCCUCGCUCGGAGCGCCCGCGGCGGCAAAGACAUAUCGCCGCUCGCGCAAAUGGACUCGUCGACUCUUUCGUCUGGCCCUGGCCACGGGAAUCAUCUACGCUAUUGAUACUCAAUUCUAUGACUCGAGUCUGACGAGAUCGGCGCGAACUUUCUCCAUGGGCCUGCUCAUCGCGCUGGAUUACAAGCUCAACUUUCGCGCGGAUCCCUGGAUUGGCGAUGGGGUUCAGGAUUUGCAUAAUCGAAGUGCGCAGAGAAUAUUCGAUUUGUUAAGGACGAACGGAGGGCUAUACUUGAAGAUUGGCCAGGCAAUUGCUAUGCAGAGUGCCGUGUUGCCGCCGGAAUUUCAAAAGAUGUUUGCAAGAAUGUUCGACGAUGCCACACAGAAUAGUUGGAAGGAAGUACAGCAGGUGAUUCUGGAGGAUUUCGGGAAAUCUGUCGAGGAGGUAUUUGGUGUCUCUUUCACUGGAGAUCCUUCCAAGGGUGUCAUGGAGCGGACAGCCCGUGCCAGCGCUUCCGUCGCCCAAGUGCAUUGGGCUCGCCUUCCAGAUGGCCGAGAAGUGGCCAUCAAGAUUCAAAAGCGAGAAAUCGCUCGUCAAGUUGGUUGGGAUCUCUGGGCUUUCCGUGUCGUCUCGAAAAUCUACUCGUGGUGGUUCGACCUUCCACUUUACCAUCUCGUUCCGUAUGUCUGCGAACGCCUCAUGRCAGAGACGGACUUUGAGUUUGAAGCCUCGAAUUCUCGCAAGAUGCGGGCUUUGAUUCAGAACGAGCCACGUCUAGCAGAUCGAGUCUACAUUCCAGAUGUCUAUCCUGAGCUCAGCAGCAAACGUGUGAUGACCGCAGAGUGGAUCGAAGGCAUCCGGUUAUGGGAUAAAGAAGGCAWCACAGGAACCUGGAAUGGCGGCUGGCGAAAAGGGUCGCCAGGCGCGGGCGCUGUGGGACUUCCUCCGCCUGAUGCCUCUGUCAUCCGAUCAGUUUCCACCAACGACCCUCUCAACGAGAAACUCAAACCAGUACGCGAUGCAUGGCGAGGGAAAGACCAGAAAGGAGGCUUGGGACUAAGUCUGAAGCCUGUAAUGCAAACAAUGGUUGAUCUGUUCUCCGCCCAGAUGUUCCUUUGGGGUCUGGUGCACUGCGACCCACAUCCAGGCAACAUCUUCAUCCGACGUCUUCCCAAUGGAAAGCCCGAACUUGUGCUCAUCGACCACGGCCUUUACAUUCAAAUGUCACCAAAGUUCCGCAAAGAAUAUGCGCUCUUCUGGCGCUCACUCAUGACCUUCGACAACGCGACGAUUGCUCGAAUCACCAAGGAAGAAUGGGGCAUCGAUGCUCCCGACAUGUUUGCGUCCGCAACAUUGAUGAGACCAUACGAGGGCGGCGAUCAUAAAGUGAUGAACGAGAUUCGGAAAAUGUCCAACACCGAGCGCAAACAGAGACAAUUCGAGAUCCAGCAACACAUGCGAAAGUCCGUGAGAGACAUUCUUGCGAAUCAGGACCGAUUUCCCCAGGAGUUGAUUUUCAUCGGGAGGAAUUUGCGGAUUGUGCAAGGGAACAAUCAGUUUCUCGGUUCUCCCGUGAAUCGCAUCAAGAUUACGGGAUAUUGGGCUAGUCGAGCGCUUGUAGAGGACCGCGAUAAGAGCGUCACGCAACGAUGGGGAGAGUUUGGAAGGCAUUUGUUGUUUAGAUUCGUGUUGGCCAGUACGGAUUUGUGGUUCUACUGGUCGAGGUUCAAGCAGGUGUUUGGGAGAGGCAAGGGAAUGGAUGAUGAUGUCGAGGAGUCUAUGAGGAAGAUGGCUGAAAGCAUGGGCGUUGAGCUUCAACAUGGUGUCUUUGAUGGAUGA